CCCUGGCACCUGUUAGCUUGGCACCGUGCCUUGAGGAAGCUUAGUCCUUCUCCCCCCUGUGGCUGGUCUGCUCUCAACUCUUUAACACCCCCUUUGUCAUCAACUUUUCUUUCUCUCUCUCUCUCUGCCUUCUCCAUUUCUUCCUCCUUUCAUCUGGUGGUGUCCGCCACAGACCUGGUCAUCAUUUCAUUGAAAGGAUGCGGAUCCUGUAGACUUCUCCCCCACGCCCUCUGCGAACCCUGUAAGGGACGGUGGGGGGUUGGACGAAGAAGAAGAAAGAGAAGAAGGUGGUGGUGGUGGAAGAACUUUCAAUAUAGAGGCAGAGAGAGAGAGAAAAGGCUUUGGGCUCGCCCUUGGGGGUGGGGUGUUGGGGGUGGAAGAGAGAAGGACAUCCUCCUUGUGUGAAGAGAGGGGCUCUCUCGAGACAUUGUGGCCGUGCAGGAGGUACCAAAAUGGAAUAUGAGGUGCUGUUCCUCCAGUCUGUAAAUGGCCUUACUGUGGCAGUGGAAUGAAAUCCAGGACACACAGGUCCCGCGAAUUAAAAGGCGCUCAAAGUAAUGGAGGCCCUGCAGUGCGAUGGAUGCGAUUACCGGGCAGAAACCUACGAUGAUCUUAAGGCUCAUAUCCAGGACGUUCAUACUGUCUUUCUACCCCACGUGGAAGCCUCUGAGGAGGAUAUAGGUCAACCCAGAUCUCUUACACCAACACUAGAUUCUGAAGCCGACAUAAGCAGCCUCCCUACGGUGAAGACUGAACUAGGUUCUCCAGUGGAAACACCUGCACAAAAUUCCUAUCAGCCCGGCUCGUCCAAUUUCAUCACCAACAGCUCCGUUCUGUACAGCCAUCAUGUCAACCAGCAUCCCAAGCCCGCCAACAAGUUUUUUCAGUGCAAGUACUGUGUCCGCUAUUUCCGAUCCAGGAGCCUGCUGGGCGAACACACCAGGAAGAUCCACGGUCAGAUUGAAGGGCCGCUGUUUGGGGGCGAGUCCUCGGACAUGGCCCCGCCGCCGUCACCGUCCAGCUUUCACGUCCUGCUGCACGAGGGGUUUGGCAAGGUCUUCGCCUGCCGCUACUGCACCUACAAAAGCCCGCGGCGCGCCCGCAUCAUCAAGCACCAGAAGCUGUGCCAUCGCUCCACCAUGAAGGUGCAGGAUCAGCUGGGCGACGUGCCGGUGGACGCGGUGGAGCGCAGCAUCCUGGAGGCGCAGGUCAAGCCGCUGACCAAGUCGCGGGGCAGCUUCUGCUGCGAGUGGUGUGGCUAUCACACCUCCCGGCGGGAGCGUUGGUGCGACCACCUGAUGAAGAAACACCGCAACCUGUUAGCCCAGGGCCUGGUCAAGAUCAUCUCCUCGCUGAGGCAGCAGCAGUCGGGCUCAAGCCCCAGCCAGACCAAGUCACAGCAGUCCGACUCAGAGAAGACGUCUCCAAAUUCAAAUUACUUGCCCCUGACGGCGGGCGGGGGGGAAAUGCCGUGUGCUCAGUACCAGGCCAUGAAAGGCUCCAUGGAGGGAUCCCCCUCCAAGCAGAGCCCAACGUCCACCCCCAGGUUUGCUCCCAUCAAAAUAAAGUUCCCCUUUCAGAAGACAAAGCCCAAGGCCGUUCCCGAUCCUGACGAUGCUGCUCUGACUGACAGGCCUUCCUUCGGGAUGGCCGACUUGAGCCUGCCCAACUCCUCCUUGGAAACCAGCAGCCUGCUGAGCGACGAUCGGAGCAGUUCCGACGAGGAGGAGCAGCUGGACAUGGACGAGAUGGACUCGCUGGCCUCCCAAGGCUCGGAAGGCUCCGGCAAGAAGUUGCUGAGCAUCGGCAACACUAAGUUGCUGGAGACCAAGGGUAUCCCGUUCCGGAAGUACAUGAACCGCUUCCAGUGCCCCUUCUGCUCGUUCCUCACCAUGCACCGGCGCAGCAUCUCCCGGCACAUAGAGAAUAUCCACUUGUCCGGCCGCACCAUCGUUCACAAGUGCAACCUCUGCAGUUUCACCUGCACCACUGCCCAGAAGCUGGCGGCUCACAAGCAGUGCCAUUCCUCGGAGUGGGAGACGGUGAGUUCGGCCAACAGCAGCGCAGUGACCCUGAACGACAGCUUGGUGACUGUAGACGUUAACCAGAACCAAACGGUCAAUGGGGAGAAGCCGGCGGCGAUGUGCGACUCGAAGCAACAGUACCCCUACAAAUGUACCAUGUGCAGCUACUCCACCGUGACUCUAAAGGGCCUCCGGGUGCAUCAGCAACACAAGCACUCGUUCUGCGACAACGCCUUGCUGGCAGCCAGCGAAGAAAUGGGCGACGCGUUGCAGGACUCCGGGUCGCAGUUCGAAGCUCUUCCGUCCCCGGGAAUCGUGAAAACUCAGACCUCCAUCCUGGGAUCGACGUCAAAGAAUUCCUUCCUCUUCAAGAAGGGGAAGAGGCUGGCGUCGGACAGCCCGCUCGACCUGUCGCCGGCCAAGAAGCGGACCCGCAUCGACGAGAUAGCGAACAACCUGCAGAGCAAGAUCAGCCAGGCCAACCAGCAGGCCAGCGAGGUGGGGUCAGUGAUUGCCGUCGAGGAUGCGGAGGAGGAGGGAGAUGAUGAAGAGGAGGAGGACGAGGAAGAGGACGAGGAGGAAGAGGAUGACGUGGAAUUGGAUGCAGAUGGAGAACUAGAGGAAGAGGAAGGAAAGCUGGACCAUUUAAUGGACAUGCAGAAUUACAGCUACAGUGGCCACCAGAUGUGGGUUGAAGGGACUGAAGGACUGCACAAAGACGCUGUUUACGGGUCAGUGGACCAGGAUUAUUCAGUAAGCAACAGCGCCGAGAUUGAAUUGACUCUCUCCGACGACGAGGAUUACUACGGCACCUCAAAUGCAGCUGGACACUGUGACGGUGCACCCCGUAAGCUGGGUGGGAACGGCACCUACAAAAAGGGUAACUCGGAAAAUAGGGACGGCUAUCAGGAAGGUUCUGAGACCGGUGAAGAUUCUGGAAAGACUUACUCUUGCAAGCACUGCAAUUUCAGCAACAAGGUAGCUCGCAGCGUUAGCACCCAUUACCAACGAAUGCAUCCAUACAUUAAAUACAGCUUCAGGUACAUAGAGGAUCCAACGGAUCACAGUGCAGUCUACAGAUGCCUUGAGUGUUUUGUGGAGUACGCGGAGUUUGAAGACCUGCGGCAGCAUUACGCCCAGUUCCAUCCCGAAGCGCAGAACAUCCUAAAUUUCCACCAAGCCAACUUGAUCUACAGGUGUCGCUUCUGCUCCUACACCAGUCCCAACGUCCGCAGCCUCAUGCCUCACUACCAAAGGAUGCAUCCCACCGUGAAGAUCAAUAACUCUAUGAUCUUCUCCAGCUACGUGGUCCAACAAACCAGCGAGAGCAACGCCGAAUCCCAGACCCUGCGAGAAAUCCUCAACUCCGGUGUGAAGAGCAUCGGGACGCCGAGCUCCGUACCCAACCUCGAUGCUCCCACCAGCCCCCCGAACAUUAAGCCGCCCAAGAGUAUGAGCCCCCAGGAGGGAGAGUCCUCGAUGAUAAGUGCCGUGGUAUACAGCUGUGACGUCUGCCCCUUCUCCAGCCCGAACAUGCAUUCGGUGCUGGUCCAUUAUCAGCGGAAGCACCCAGAGGAAAAAGCUUCCUACUUCAGAAUCCAGAAGACCAUGCGCGUCGUGUCCGUGCUGAACCCCGCCAUCAAUGCUCAGAACAUCACGGAGGCAUGCCCGGUGACGCCACCCAGCAACCCUCCAGUCGCUGCUCAGCCGGCUGAGUUUGAACAGCUCUACUACUGCAAGCACUGUGUUUACAGCAACCGCUCGGUAGUCGGCGUGCUUGUCCACUAUCAGAAAAGGCACCCAGAAGUCAAGGUGACGGCUAAGUACAUCAAGCAGGCGCCCCCGACUCCUGCCCUGAGGAAGACCAUGGAAGAGCUGCAGAUUACACCAGCGAGGCCGAUCAUGACCCAGCCAACGAGCCAGGCUGGCAAGAAGAGCUACGAAACGGUGGUGAACAUCAGCAGCCAGCAGAGAGUGACCGACAAGGGCGAGGGCGAGAUGAUGUUCUUUUGCCAGCACUGCAACUACGGCAACCGGACGGUAAAGGGGGUGGUCAUUCACUACCGUAAGAAGCACCGCGACAUCAAGGCUACAGCGGAGCUGGUACGGCAGCACACGGCGGCCGUGAGGAGUCAGCGCGAGAGGGCCACCAACCACCAUGGCGGUGGGGCCAGCACCCCGCUGCCCAGCGUGCAGCCGGAGGCCGAGGUUGAGCAGCUGCGCUUCUUCAAGUGCCGCCACUGCUCGUACACAGCGCACUACCUCUACGCCGUGCGGAAGCACCUGAAGAAGCAGCACCCGAGCGUGAAGGCCACCGUCACCACCAUCCUACGCUGGGCGUACCAGGACGGGGUGGUGACUGCCGGCUACCACUGCGAGUGGUGCAUCUACUCUCACCAGGAGCCCAGUGGGCUAUUGAUACACUACCAGAAGCGACACCCUGAGCACCCCGUGGACUACACCUACAUUUCCAGUAAGCUAUGGGCCGGCCCCGAUCCCUCCGCCAAUCCCUCACAGAUCGCCCUUAUUGACCUCAAACACUACAAGUGCAGGGACUGCGAGUUCGAAGCUGCCUCCAUCUGGGACAUUACAAACCACUAUCAGGCCCUACACCCCUGGGCAGUCAGUGGCGACGAGUCGGUGCUGCUGGACAUCAUCCUGGGCAAGGACACCUUGGAGCAGAACAACCCCACCGCCCAUGACUAUACUGCCUUUGAUUCCCUCAACGCCUCCGAGUCCAGCCAGCUGGAGGACGAGCUGCCCCUCAAAGUCUCCAUGCCGUCCCUGCUGAGGGAGCCUCCCGUCACCCCGGCGCCCAGCAGCUCCCCCUACCAGUGUAAGGUUUGCAAGUCUGAGUACAACAACCUGCACGGCCUCCUGACCCACUACGGGAAGAAGCACCCGGGUGUGAAGGUGAAAGCGGCGGAGUUUGCGCUGGAGAAGGACGAGAAGCCCAGCACGCUGUACAAAUGCAGACACUGUCCGUACGUCAACACCCGCAUCCACGGCGUCCUCACCCACUACCAGAAGCGGCAUCCCACCAUCAAAGUCACUGCCGACGACUUCAUGAACGAGGCCGAGAAGCUCCCCGAUGGCCAGAGCACCGAUUUGGAAGAGAUGAUCAAAGUCCCGAAGCAGGGUUUUGGCGCCUAUCGGUGCAAGCUGUGUCCGUAUGCGCACGGCUCCUUGGAGAAGCUGAAGGUCCACUAUGAGAAGUACCACCGGCAGCCCGCUAUCGAUAUCUUCACUGAAUCCGCCACCGAGACAAUGGAACCCCAGCAGCCUGACGCAUCCGAGGAAUACCGAGAUGAUGCAGCGCCCAUCACUGAGGUAAAUCCCAGGCCCCCUUCUCCCACUCCCCAACACUUUGUGAGCGGCUGUGCAGAGCUCAGUACCUUAUUUAAAUGCCAACUCUGCAAGUACUUCUGCUCCUCCAGAAAGGGCAUAGCUAGACACUACCGGAAUAAACACAACAACGUCCGAGCACAGCCAGAGGGAAAGAACAACAUCUUCCGAUGUGCCUUGUGUGCGUAUACUCACCCGCUCCGCAAAGGCCUGGCAGCUCACUACCAAAAGCGGCACGACAUCGAUUCCUAUUACACUCACUGCCUGGCCGCUUCCAAAACCAUCAUCACCAAGAAACCCGAGAAACUCAUUCUCCCCAUCGAGACCAAACCCGAGUCGCCUCCCUUGAGUGAGGAGCUCAGGAGAGCGGUGGAAAAGAAAAAAUGCUCGCUCUGCUCGUUCCAAACCUACACGAAGAAGGGGCUUGUGUCUCAUUAUAUGAAGCGACACCCAGGAGUCUAUCCGAGAAAGCAGUACGUGAGUAAAUAUAAUGGAUACUUCACUGUUGUGUACUCUGAUGACAAGGCAGAUGAAGAAGUUAAGGAAGAGGUCACUAAUAUAGAAACAGUUGCAGUGGUUGAAGGGAAACCCAAAGGAUGGCUCCCGUUCAAGUGUAUAAAGUGCUUCCAACUCUCAUUCAACACUGCAGAACUCCUGUGUAUGCAUUACGUGGACCAUCACAGCCGAGAAUUGAAGCUGGACUUCACCUUGCUACCAGGGAGCACCCGGUCACACAGUCCCACCUACGAGUGCAACCAUUGCAACGACAAGAUCCUCAGUACGCUGGAACUCAGUGUCCACCUCACCCGGCACAACGAGCGCCUCGGUCGACGGGCACGACUUCACCGUGAGAAGAUGGCGCCUCAGGGUGAAAACCGACCAGACGGGGAGUCGCAGCCUAAGUCUGAACCUCAAUCUGAGGGCGAAGUUCAGGCAGAGGUUGUCCCACCACCCGAGGGUGAAGUCCAGCCAGAGGGGGAGCCCCCAGCUGAGGUGCAGAUGCAACCUGCGGAGGAAGAAGAAAAGGUGAAGGAGGAAAAUCUUAACGAGGAGAUCCUGAAAGAUGAAAACCAGAACCAGGAGGAGAACCUGAAAGAGGAGGGGCCGGAGUCUACAGCAUUAGAAGACAGCAACAAAAAACAGUCUGCUGAUGUUCAAGCAUCGAGCCCUGUUUCAAUGGACAAGGAGCGUAAUGUUGUUGGUUACAAGUGCAGCUUCUGUUUUGAGGUCCAUCCGACACCUCGAGCUAUAUCGAACCAUCUUCGCAAACACGUUGCAUUUGGCGAGUCUCUAGAUACUGUCCGCACUGGUGAAGAGAAAGACGGAGAAACUACUUCCGUAUCAUCAGCGGAAAAAUUGUCAGAGGAUUUGCCAGGGGGAGUGCACAAGCCGCAGAGCUUGGAGGUGGAGGAGGAUGCCACUGGUGUGGACGCCACCCUUGGGGGAUACCCGUGCAGUCAGUGUGAUCGGAUUCUAAUGUCCUUGCAGGGUUUGCGUUCCCACGAGAGGAGUCACACCGCUUCUGCAUUGUUCAGCCGCGAAGGCAAGCAUCACUGCCAGUAUUGUUUGUUCGCCACCGCUUUCCGGCAGAACUUGGAACGCCACAUGCAAAAUCAGCACGGACACCAGAAACCUUUCAGAUGCAAACUUUGCUCGUUUAAGACUGCCUUUAUAAGUGGACUGAAGAGCCAUAUUCAGAGAGCUCAUGCCGUGGAGUCCACCUACAGCUGUUCCUACUGCUCUUUUUCCACCCUGAUGGUAAAGCAGCUCAAACAACAUGCUCUGAAAGUGCACGGCCAUGUUAUGGCAGUGUCCAAACAUCACAUUGACCUUCCAGCAGCCUUCUCUUCUGGUAACAAUGCACGGCAGACAGAGUCCCAGUCUGAGGGAGCAGCAGAAUCAGAUGACUCCUCCUACUCUGAGCCACCUGAUGUCCAGCAACAGCUGAACCAUUACCAGACAGCGGCCAUGGCCAGAAACCGCUCCAGCCCCAUCCUAGUGCCAUCGCCAACCGCCCCCUCUGACCAGAUGUCUAAGGGGUACUUCAGCUGCGAGUUCUGCCAGUUCAACUCCGAGUACAUCCAGAGCAUGAGGCGCCACUAUCGAGACAGGCACUGCGGCAAGAAACUCUACAAAUGUAAGGAUUGUCCAUUCUUCACCGGCUUCAGGUCUACAUUUUCUAUGCACGUUGAGGGUAGCCACACAGCCCCUCCUGUGGAGGGUCCCAAGGACCUGCGCUGCCCUCUCUGCCUGUACCACACCAAAUACAAAAGCAGCAUGAUCGAUCACAUCGUCCUUCACAGAGAAGAGAGAGUUGUCCCCAUUGAAGUCUGUCGCUCGAAGCUCUCGAGGCACUUGCGAGGAAUUGUCUUCCGGUGCGAUAAGUGCACCUUCACCAGCUCCAGCGACGAGACGUUGCAGCAGCAUAUGGAAAAGCACAAAGAAAUGAAACCAUACAAGUGCCAACUGUGUUAUUAUGAGAGCAGGAUAAAAGAAGAUUUGGAGAACCACCUGCAGGAGGAACACAAGGUGAUUCGCAACUUUGAAUUAGUUGGUCGCGUUAACCUGGACCAGUUAGACUUUAAAGACAAAGAAUGGUUCAGCAGCGAGGAGGAGGCCAGAGAGGAAGAAAAAGGCCACAUUGUUGAACAAAGAGGUAUUGAGGUGUGCCCAGGAAGUGGGGCUCGGAUCUACAAUGAGAAAAGAUUCCCCUGUGAAUUUUGCGGACGUACAUUUGCCCGUGGAUUUGAUUGGGAGCGUCACAUUCAGAGACAUAGCAUGGCUCUCGGUGAGAAUAACCAUCAGGAACAUGAAACCUGUCCAGCAACAGAGAACUCCAGGGAAGAGAAUAACACUACACCUUUAAGAAUGGAGGAGCAACUGGAUUCUGCUGACAACAUGAAGACGGAAGUCACUUACCAGGAAGCACCAUCCUGUCCAAUCUCUUUAGCAUUAAUAAAGGAAAACUCCCAGGAUUUGGACACUGAGACCAAAAAUAAAGAGUCGGAGCUUUGUUAGUAUACUUGAAAUGUUGUGCAAGUUUCUCCUCCCUUUCUAUCCCCUCGUCCCACCCCCACACCGACCCCCUCACCAUAUUCUCUGCUCCUUGCCCGCUGACAACUGAUGAUGGAGCAGGAACUCGUGUUACAAUCAAUCCUUCAGUACCUCAAGCCAAGCACCUGUCCUUUGCGGGUGCGAGUGAGCAGUAAGGACAGGCGGAGCGGCGGUUGGUAGUGAGGAAUGGACACGCCGCCGACAUCGGCCCUGCCGCCGACAUCUCCACACACGAGAGCAUUGCAGCAUGAUCCAGAGCCGGAACCCGUGCCAAUUUUUUACCUCCUCCCUUGUCCGAGGCUAAUUGUAGAACCUCUUACUAAUUCCAAGGUGUGCUCAGCAAAGCUAACUCGGAAGGGAUUCAACUUUUUGGACACUCCUGGGCUGUGAAGUUCUGGGUCACAUGGUGUGCGGUGUGUUUACUUAGCUAUUUGGGACGUAUUCCUUAUACCUUCUUCCCUAUCUCCCUCUUUUGUGCCCUGUUUAUCUCCACCCCCCUCCCACAACCUCAAAACUCUUCCUCUCCCCUUCCCUCUCUCUUUUUUUCUUCCCUCCCUAUUGUUUCCAGUGUUUGAAUGAAUUGUGUGUUUAAAAAUACUGGGGACUGCCUCAUUAAUCUAGUGAGUUGUGAUUUUUUUUUAAAGUUAGUGUGGUCUUGUGGGAAUGUCAUUACUUCAUUGUAGAGAUUUUGACAUUCAUUGAAGUAAUGUUCCAUAUUGCUCUUUUAAAAAAAAAACAAUAUUGAACUUGUGCAUUGAAAACCAAAAAUACCCCCCAAAUUUUUACUUUGAUCCAGCUAUCAGUCUAGUGAUCCAUAACUAAUGGAUUAAUCAAGCACCUCUGAUUCAGCGAGUUUUGUUAUGAUGGGACACUUUUGCAAGCUGCUAUAUUUUAGCCCACAACUGGUUGAAUUCAAGGCACUUGUUUUUCUUUGAACAUGCAAAGCGCCGUUUUUAACAGGUUAGUUUAUCUCACAAUUGGUUGCAUGUUACAGGCUGUGACUACUGCAGACUCCUGCACCAUGGUUUAUAACAUGCAUCUCAACGAAAGGUUAAGAACACUUAAAGUGGAAUCUAUCACCUUUACCGUUCACGUUUUCUGUUUAAUUAUAAUGGUGUGCAUUAGAACUGGUGUUAAAAGCGGAUUCACGGAGGCAUUUCCGAAUCUUGAAUGAAGGACCAGCUCGGACCGAGGUGCUGUAAUCAAUUGGCAGACAUUGAGCCCAGUUCACUUGUAGCACCAACACUGUUUGUGUUUUUCUUUUGUAAGUAAUCCAAUACGGAACAAGCUUACCAUACUAAAGAAGUUCCUUGUUUUCUUGCACUAAUGCAUCUGGUAAAAAUGUUUUUUUUUAAUCUAUUAUUUAAAAGAAAACUUGUUUGUAUAGCAGAAAUGGUCCUAACAAUUACUGUUAAUGUAGGAUGUUGGUGCAAAAAGUGAUCAUAAUUUGCAGUACCUCAGCAUUAAUCUUUACUGAAUGUCCAUUCUGUGCAAGUAAUAUCUGUUCAUAAACUGUGUAGAUUUACUUUUCUUCCCCUGCACAUCUGCAGUAAGAUGUGUGCUACAAUGUUGUAGUGAGACUACUUUACGUGAAUAAAAAUUCCAUAGGUUAGCUUUUGUUUGCCAAGUUUACAGGUUAUUGUAUUCUUGUUUUAUAUAAACACUUUAAUUAAAUCACUAUAUGGGUUCUCAAAACCUGUUGCUUGAUAAAUGACUUUUUUUUAGGACACUUGUUUAGGUCUCAAUUUGGAUCCAGAUGUUUGCAUUAUCAAAUGAAAUAUUAUUGUGAUCAAGGUAUUUUUGAAAUGAUGCUUUCAAAGAACACCUGUUCCUUGAAGCAGUUCAUUAACAUCACCUAUUUUCAUGUUGAAAACAGGGCAAAAUGGGAGCAGUUUCUGUGAAAAAAAAAAGACAGGGAUAUUGCAGAUUACCAUGUAUAUUGUGUUCUUUUGUCUACAUUGUAGUUUAGGAAGCUCCUUUUAAAUAUUUUUGUUAUCUAAAAUACUUCUAAAGUUGACUGUUUAGGACAUGCAUUGGAAGUCUGUUUUAAGCCAACUGCAGGGGUUGAGGAAAUGAACUCUGGAAACAAUUACCAAAAUUGACUGGCCUUCCUCAGUGUUUGUUAGUGCAGUUUCUAAAUAAUGCUGCUUUAGUUUCUAGAAUGAUCUGUAAAUACUGUACUUCCUGGGAUUUUGUUUUGCUGACCUGAUAAAUAAAAAGUGAUGACUCCUUUUUAAUUUUG